GCCCUCGGAUUAGUGUUUGCUGAAGAGCGACCUUCUCUUGAAGAGUCACCGGCACUGCGAUGGCACGCGUUACAUCUAGCUUUGAGUAUAAGACCUUGCUUGGCCUGCUUGGACCUGAGGCAGCUUUCCUCUGCUAUCAUCGGCCCAUCCUCCAACUGUAUCUCAAGCCUACGAGGCCAUCUCAUACAUCAUCGAGAUAUCAAACAAGAAUCCACCAUCGCCGCACACCACAACGAAAUACAACACCUGCCUGCAACAUAGGCACCUACCUGCACUACCCAACCAUCCACCCAUACACAUAAACACAAUGGCUCCAUCACACCACGCCCCCGUCCUCCCCUCCGGACCGACCACCCCUACGCCUUGGACACCCGAGGGCUUCCCUUCCGCCAGCACCAAGUCCGAGCCGUCCACAGCCGCCGCCGCCGCCGCCGCACCGGCCGUGCUCGCAAGUUCGGCCAGCUCCGUCAUGACGGCCCAGACGGACAGCGCCGACACCGUGGCCAGCAAGAAGAGCUGGCGAUCGGUCUUCAAGAGCUCCAAGAAGUCGGGUCCCAGCAGCACUAAAGAGACGAGGGACGCGGACGCGGCCAAGGCUGCAAAGUCGAGCGCCGACGUCCACGAAGCACGGGCUGCCUACUUUGCCAACAGUAUGAUCUCCUCCAACCCGCAGAAUCUGCAUUGAUUUGCAGGUUGUUGUUGACCAUUGUUUCCAUCCUUUUCCUGCUAAAAGGGUGCUAGAGAUGUAGCCUUUAUUUCCUUCACGUCUCCGGGACUGUGUCGAGGGCAGAAUUCUGUAAUCGGCGCAGCGUAGAACUGUUUGAUUUUGCAUUUAGCACAGAGUUGUCAUGCUGCUUUAACCUUGUUCGGUUUCUUUUCCGCUACCUUGUUUCUACAAAUAUCAUCGCCUCUUUAUUUCCUUUUUUACUCGUUUUUAUUCUUCCUGUUCUUAUUUCCUUUUUUCUUUCUUUUUUAUUGUUAUCCCUAGUAUUACUAUUCCUUUUGCUUUUAUAGUUUGUUUUGUUCUUAUUUUUGCUCUUAUCUCCCUCGCGGCCUUUCUGUAAUUUAGGUAGGUUUAACUACUAUAUGUUUUGUAAUAAGCGUGCCUCCCAAGCCGCGAUUGCAUCA